GGCUGUGGGGCGGCUGCGGGGCCCCUCGCACCGGCCCGGGGACCGCGGGGUCCCGGGCCGCAGCGGGCGGUCUCGGCCAGGCCGCGGGGAAGCGGUUUCCACCCGGACGCUUUUGUACCGCGGGACGGCGCCAUGGCGGCUGCCGCGGCCUGAGGGGAGCGAUCGCGGCGCCGGCCGGGCGCGCGGGCCCGCCAUGUUCUCCAGGGCGUUCCGGGUGAGAUCCAACACCGCCAUCAAGGGGUCCGAUCGGAGAAAACUGCGAACUGAUGUUGCAGCAGCUUUUCCUAACCUUAGUGCUGAACAAUUGACUGAGUUUAUUCCAAACAAGGAAGAGCUUAACGUCAUCAAAAUAUACUGUCACAAAGGGGAGGCCGUCACUGUUUACAUGAAUAACAGGAACCCAGUACUGUUUGAAAUUGAGAAAGCUCUGUAUCCAACAGUGUACACUCUGUGGGUCUACCCAGAUCUUCUCCCUGCUUUUUCAACAUGGCCCCCAGUGCUACAGAAACUAGCAGGAGGAGCAGAUCUGAUGCUGCCAGGAGUUGUAGUGCCAUCUUCUGGCCUCCCUCAAGUGGAGCGGGGCACGCUCUGUGCUGUCACCCUCUUGGGAAACAGAGCUCCAGUAGCAGUUGCAGUUGCCACUAUGUCCACUGCGGAGAUGCUGGCUGCUGGAAUGAAAGGGAAGGGCUUUGCUGUGUUGCAUACUUACACGGAUCACCUCUGGGAAUAUGGUGACAAAUCUUGUCCUCCUACCUUAGCUCCCUUGGUAACAGAUUCUGCUGAAAAGGAGAGUGCUGGAGAUGAGGAAGAGAUGGAGGGGAGAGAGCCUGUCAUCAGCUUCUCCACUGACCCGUUGCAGCAUGUGGACGUUGGUGAUUUGAGCCUGAAGGAGCGAGAUGGUUGUGCAGUACUGAUGGGAAAGGAGGAACCCCAUGAGAACAGGGCUGCAGAAACAGCUGGGGAUGCCAGCACAGAGGGUCGGCAGGAACCUGAAGACAAUAGGACUCCACAAGAGCAAAUGGACACAUUAUUUAAUCAGUGCUUUUUUCAUGCCUUAAAAUGCAAAGUAAAGAAGUCAGAUCUCCCUCUGCUCACCAGCACAUUUCUACGCAGCCAUAUGUUCUCAUGCUGCCCUGCUGGACAACAACUGGACAUAAAGAAAUCAAGCUAUAAGAAGUUCUCUAAAUUCCUGCAAUGUAUGCAGCAGCAGAAGAUCUUACAAGUGAAGGAGCUAAACAAAGGUGUGGAGAGCAUCGUGGAAGUGGACUGGAGACAUCCAGACAUUAAAGCAUUUGCAGUACCUGAAGGAUUUUCUUCAGCCUCUACUGCCCAAGACAGCAAGAGUGAAGACAGAGAACAAGUGUACCAUGCUCCUGAAAUUAUUCCACUUUAUGGGGUCUCAACAAAAAUGAUCCCGCUCUUUCAGGAAUCUGGACACAGAAAAGGCAGCAUCCUCUCGAGCAGCGAGGUGAGAAACAUCAUCAUUAACUAUGUGAAGACUAAUGAGUUGGUUGAUGAAACUAACAAAAACUUUGUAAAGGUGAAUGCCAUUCUGUGUGACUGUCUGUUAGACAAAUCGGAACAAGAUGAAAUCUCAAACCUUAAAUGGGAUGACCUUUUCAGCAGGUGCCUUGAACGACUGCAGCCCUUACACCAGGUGACAUUUUUUGGACAAGAACCCAUCGUGAGGAAAGGAAACAUUGAGCCCAUCGACAUAACUAUAGCACAGAGAUCAUCAAAUAAGAAGGUGACAAUUAUCAAGAACCUCGAGCUGUAUGGUCUAGACCCACAGUGUGUGGCCAACAUUCUGCAACAAAAAGUACAAGCCAGUGCCACCAUCACACCAGUACCAGGAACAAAAGACAGAGUUCAGGUCCAGAUCCAAGGCAACCAAAUCCAUCAUCUGGCCAAGAUGCUGCUAGAAGAAUACCAGCUACCUCGGAAAUAUAUUCAAGGCCUUGAGAAGGCUCCAAAGCUUGGCCGCAAGAAGUAGGAGAAAAAUCUACUGUAGGAAUUACUCAGAUCUCAUUAUUUAUAGAAACGUUCUGCCAGCAAAUCAAGGAUAAUGUACAGGCCAUAUUCACUCAAGAAAUGAGUCCUGGAUGUUUACAAGGUCUGGGAUUCACCCAAAUAAUAAUAUUGCUCCAGUUGUUCAUUUUUCAUAAAAAUAAAAAGCUGAAUAAAACCCUUGGCAUUA